AUGAAGGAUCAAGAAGUUGUUGAUGACUUUGCUAAUUGGUUGUCGGGAUAUGCUUCGCGAGCCGCCGCACUCGGCUCGGAAAUAGAAGAAACAAAGUUGGUGAAUAGAUUUCUUAUGGAGUUACCUAAGCGAUUCAUUCAUAUGGUAGCGUCUAUAGAGCAACUUGUAGACUUGAAGACCAUCGACUUUGAUGAUGUUGUGGGCUGGCUAAAGGCAUAUGAGGAACGGGUCAAGGAUGAGGAGACUCAAGCCAAGCAACAAAACCAACUCUUGUUUGCAGGUUCGGAAGAGAAGGCAAAAGAAAAUGAGCAUAAGUGUGAGCAUUGUGGUUGUAGUAAAUCGAACUGCGAAGACUAUGGGCGUGGAGGCAGAGGAUAUGAAAAACCGAACGAUAAAAAUGAAUUAAUUCCAAUUAAAGAAUAUUCAGAAGGUGAUAAAAAGGAACACUCUAACGAACCAAGAAUGAUAACAUUGUUACAACAAUAUGUUAGAGAAGAUAUUUUGUUCCUGCUUCAACAUGAUGAAACGUCAAAAUCAAUGUGGGAAGCGUUGAAAGUGAAGGCCGAAGGAGGAAAGGAUAUUAAGAAAAACAAAAUAUCUUUGUUGAAGAAAGAGUUUGACUUGUUUAGUUGCAUGAAAGGAGAAACUAGCUUAAAUGAAGAAGCUGCCAAACAACAGAUGAUUUUUCUAGCUUCUAUUCUGGAAUCGUAUGAAAGAAGUCUGGUAGCGGGUAAAAUUGGAAACCCGAAUAUGAAAAAGGAAGAUUAUGACCAGAUCGAUCCAGAAGAGAUAGAACUGAUAGAUAUCAGAUGGUGUAUGACUAUUGUCAUAAGGAGAGCACAUAGGUUUAUGGAGAUUACAGGGAGAACUUGUCUAGGAGGUGCUGAAACAAAGCUGGGAUUUGACAAGUCAAAGCCGCCAAAGACGAAUCAAAAGCAGAUCGGUGAAGGUUCCUUAAAAGAAAAGAAACAAGCUUUGGUGGUAACUCAGGAUGACGAAGGGUUUAAUUGGAAUAAAUACAUUCCAGAAAAGAAAGUUGCUUUGGUUGCUAAAGUGAGAGCAAGUUGA